AUGGCGCCUGGGCCGAGGGAAGCGCCAUGGCAGACAGAGGCCAGAUCUAAGGACCGGCUUGUAGGUGCUCGUCCGGCUCCAUCCAACUUUGAUGUCGAAGGCUAUGAGCACAUCAAGGAUCUAGCCUCCCAUGUCGCACCACCACACCAUACUAAUGAACGCAAGUGGGAUUUGGUAUUUCGUAAAUCAUUAUCUGUCCCCUCUCAGCAGCACCAAGACCCGCAGCAGUAUCAGUAUCAAACUCCUCCGGCUUCACCACGACCAAAAUCACUCUGGCCUAGUAGUCUAGCAAAGAGAAGCAGUAAUAGUAAACGGGGCUCCAUUGAAGGUCAAUAUGCAGGUGCUCCUGUGUUGAUUGUAGAACCACCCCACGAUGACCAGGUUCCCGUUGAAAGCCAAUAUCGCAUCACUGCUCGAACAAACCACGACCUGUACACAGUCAUUCCAUCUGGCGGUGACGCCAAUACAACUAUACAUAGCUCCCCUUAUGGUGUAAUCUCGACUCGAGACGUAGAUCCGACUGCAGAUCAUCCAACGUUAAACCAACAGGCCUCGGAUCUCACUUUAAACAAUAAUGCUUCACCGUGGCCAGAGAAUACCGAACAUCAACAUCAGACCCCUGAGCUCUCUUUAAACGAUACGCCCUCACUGUCGCCAAAGAGAAACGAACGUAAACAUAAACCGUGGCAGUUAUUUGGAUCAAAGAAUCACGAACCAGUAGCAGCACCAGUAGAUACCGACUCGAGUGAAGUUAGUCAAGUGAGAUUUGACAGUACUCCAACUCCAAGUGAGACUCGAGAAGCUGCUGCUACUGCUGCUGCAUCAUCAUCACCCAGAAAGGGCAACUCUCGUUCUAGGGCUCUAGAGAGAGAAAUGGCUCGAGCUGCUCGCGGUAACGAAGAUUCAGCCUUCCUCCCGCAAUCAUUUUUGAGCAAGAGACUACAACGAAAGAUGCCCAAGGAGAACUUGAAGGACGAGCCUGUGGUUAAUGCUACUAAUAUGGAGCAACUACCACCAAUAGCAUCACCUUAUCCAAUAGCUAGCAAUGUACCUACUAAGAAUGCACUUGAUUUAAGCCCACGCAGCUCUUUGAGAAACAGUAGUGCUAAUGCUAAACGUAAAUCCAUUAAUAAGUCGUUGGGUAUCGAGUCGCCACACCCGCCGUUGCCUGUACUCCCAAACAAGCAUGUAUUCUCAGAUCCGCAACGCACAGCUCUUACUGCCUUGGUCGACACGUAUAUAUCACCGUUAACUGCCCUCGAAACCGACAUCCUCGUAGAAAGCCAUUUAUCGCACUUCCCACCACCGCCCGGCGAAACACUAGAUUCUUAUAGAGAUGCUUUGAAAGCAUUUGCUUCAAUGAGUGCUUCUGAAUUGGGUGCUGUAGAAGGUAUCUCACGAGUCCUUGUCGGAGGACCAGCAGGAUCGAAACGAGAAUACGAUCGAGUAUUGGUUAGUCGACUCUUAUCAACACUGGCCAAUCCACUUGCCUUGUGGUCCAUCCUCCCUAAUAAACUGGUGCCAAAGGACAUGAGAUGGAAACCAUUUGCUUCAUUUAGUCGUAAUAUCCGUGAAGAAGUCGUUAUUGGAAUGACGGCUUCCAAGACUAGAUGGGUUCAGGAGGCGCUUCUAUUGGUCAGCUCAUUGACGUAUAAUAUUGUUUACUCAAAGGCUCAAAUGCCUGGUCAACAACAGCAACAGCAGCAGCAACAACAAAUGCAACAUCAGGAGCAACCAUCAACAACAGAGACUACAGAUACUAAUAUUGUCGUUGACACCUCAAAGAAUCCAGCAUGGCGUACUAUGGGUUACGAGGGUCCUGUAGUAGAAUGGGAACGUCGCCAUGUACAAUCUGGUGGUGGUGGAUUUAGAUUCAUUGAUGUUGAAGCUUGGGGCGAAGUCCAACGUAGAAGAGCCAGUUUCCUCUAUGCUGGUGGUGGAUUUGUCCAAGGGUGGGGACUUAAACGUAAACCCAUCGAGUUUGAAUGUGAUGUGAUUGUUAUUGGCAGUGGUGCCGGUGGUGCAGUUGUAGCUGCUGAAGUCAGUAAAGCAGGAUACAAAGUCAUUGUAGUUGAAAAGGGAAUGUAUGUUACCCCCUCUCGAGCUGCUGCUGCAAAUGUUGACUUGGAAGUUGAGAUGUUUGAGGGUGAUAAUUUAAUGCAUUCCGAAGACUUGAAAACUACCGUACUGACUGGUUCGACAUGGGGAGGUAGUGCUAUGGUUGGAUGGAAUGCUUGUGCAGCUCCUCCGGCUGAAAUACUAUCAACAUGGGCAAAAGCCUUCAAUCUACCCAAACUUGAAACGGAGUCCUUCCAAGGAUCUCUUAGCUACAUUCAGAGUCGCGUACAGGCUGCAACAAAAACACCUGCACCUCGCUCGGCUUCUGAAAUACUGAAGAAUGGUGCCACGACUUUAGAUUAUUCAGCUAGUCCCAUACCUAUAUCUGAACAUGGUCAUGAUCCAGGCUCUUUUUUGAAGGAAGCCGGAGAUUUUGGUGCCAUCUUUAUGGAAGGUGUUCGUGCUACUCGUAUUAAUAGAUCACGACCACAUGGUAAAGCUACAGGCAUUGAAGGUGUCUUAAUAACUUCUGGAACUCGUAUCAAAAUCACGGCCUCCAUUGUAGUAGCUGCUGCCGGUGCCUUAGCUACUCCACGACUGUUACAAGCGUCGGGCCUCCGUAACCCUAAUAUUGGUAAUAAUCUAGCAUUGCAUCCAUCGACAUUGGUAUUAGCUACAUCAAUGAACCAAGUAGUCGAACGCGUCGAUGCACUAAGUUAUGAAUGCACUGAAUCACCAUCUAUAUCUAUUACUACUCCAUCGUUGAGUCCAUCCGUGCUGGCACGGAUGACGCCCUUUGUGUCUGGAUUCCAUCAUAAACUAAUAAUGGCUCGAUACCGUCAUCUUGUCCCGCUCAUGGUGACCUCAACAUCUCGACAUGUGCCUCAUCUUAAUGCCACAAAGAACACGAACUGUCCUAAACUAAUUGCCCCAAUAACGCCAUCCGAAACCACCCAUCUAGUCAAGGGUGCUUUGGUUGCUUCCGCUCUCGCUGUAGGUGCUGGAGCAAACCGAGUAUGGAGUAUGCAAAGUGGAGUAGAAGAAUAUAAAGUAUCACCUAAUGACAAGUCUAACUUAACUCGAGGACCCUUCUGGGAAUGGCAAAGUCAGGUCAAUCGUGCUGGAUUGGGACCUGUUAUUAGCACAGCUCAGUCUGGAACGUGUCGCAUGGCUGGGUCUGAUGAUAUGGGUGCUGUGAAUCCUGAUGGUGAAGCUUUUGAGGCUGUUAAUUUGUUUGUUGCUGAUGCUUCGUUGUUGCCUACGCCGCCUGGAGUCCCGCCAAUGUUGACUACUUGGACUUUAUCCCACAUGGUGGCGCAACAUGUUGUGGAACGGUUGGGCCACUUGGGUGUGAUGAAGGAAGUCGACUUGGAAGAAGCAGGGAUGGUUAGGAACAGAAUAGUAGUGCAGACUGCUAGCAAGCUAGCCAUCCGGACAUUACAACGAGCAGGUCCACGUAUCUCAUCGUCUCUCUGCGUGGAAGCUCCAUCAAUCGAGCUUCAACAAAAGCGUUACGCUUCAUGGUCCUCAAUUAACGAUAACUAUACCACCAGAAGGAGUAAACGCAAAGAGCUUACAUCUGGAAGCAGCAAUCAAGCCUCAUCAACCGAUGGAGUACAGUCUGACGAGCAUCCAAUCCCAACAUUUGUGGAUUUCAAACCUCACGGUGAAUUGACGGAAGACGUGGGCAAUAAGUCGACGUACCCGUACUAUAUCUCACAGGCUACUAUAAAUACGUUGCGGGCGCUGAUUGGAAGCCAGCUGUCACCAUACGGUGCUGGAAAUCCAAAAUGUUUGGUCUUGUCAUGUCCGCACGUUGGUGCGGGCAAGUACCUAGAUGCUACGAUUAGAGCUGUGGCACGAGAGCAGCAUGCUCAUGUGGUAGUUAUUGAUUAUCCGUCAGUGGUACGUGGUGUGAAACUGGUUCAAAAAGCAAAGAAACCGCAACAACAGCAGCAGCAGCAGCAACAGCAGCCAUGGAAUUCAUUCGCUACCUUCCCGAUAUCGAAAUCAUUCUCGCCGAGUAAUUUUGAACCGGUGAAUUCUAAUGUUGUGGCAUCAGAUGAAGAUGGAGCCAACGACGACGACGAUAUAGACCUAUACGAAGAAUUUGAGGACGCGUACGAUGAAGAUGAUCGUAAAAACGUCACGAAUUUGGCUCGUGAAUUCCAACGUAGUAUGCCAGUUAGAUUAAAUCUGACUGUAAGGCCUGAUCAGUCUAUAGUACUUGCUGAACCAGGCAGGAACGACAUAGUGUUGAGCUUUCAGCAGACACCGCCACCGUCUGAUGGAAGGACGACUAGUUCUAGUAGUCCACCGUCGUCAUCGCCUUUAGCUUAUUAUGCGCAUGAUUUGAGUCAGCUCGAAAUACAGCAGAGUGUUAGAGAGUUGGGUAAUUUCCUGGUCGCAACGUCUCGAGCCUCACCAAACAAUAACAUAAUCAUAAAUAUUCGAGACUUGUCUGAUGCCCUACAGUAUGGUGGCAACUCGGGCCAAUACUUUGUACAGUCUGUGCUAGACAUGAUGACCGCAUUAUCGCCACAUCUACCUAUAGUGUUAGUAGGAUCGUGUCAUCCUUCAAUUUUUGAAGCUGGUAACCUCAGUAAAGACGCUGCAUUUUACCACUUACUUUUCGAUGGUGGUGCCACGCCCAAAGACUCGUCAAUACCCUCGACAGCAGCAGCACGUAGUCAAUGUGGUGGUUUAAAUUUAUGGCACGAUAAUCAGUUGUUUGCUUCACCGAUAGACCAAGCUCUAGACUCAUUUACUCGUAUCGAUGUGCCACCGCCGUAUAGUAGAUUAUUCGCACCAGAAUCGCAUGCAGAAAUGGAGGUAGCGCUGGAUAAGUGGCUGUCACGGAUGGAACUGGAUAUGAGGAGGGAAGUUGCAGAGACGAAUUGGACGUCAAUACGUAUGUCCUGUUUGUCGCGCGGUGUAGAGUUUUCAGAUGGUGCUAGUGUGACACCGCCAGGUAGAGAGUCGCAUCGAUUGCGUGUUAAUAAACCGAUUUUGGAGCAGUAUGUUUGGCCGUUGGAGAAAAUAGAUAGGUUGGUUGCUUUGGCUGUUGGACAAUCCGUGACUGGAAGCACCCAACGUAGUAGAGACACUCCGAUAGUCUUGUCGCAUCACCAUUUCAUCAAAGCAUUGACUUUGAUUCAAGAUGGCGAUGUGUCUCAAAUCGCAAAUGAACGAUUUGGUGAGACUGAGCAGACUGAUGACAAGUUAUUGCCUACUACCACAAAUCCCAAAGGUGGUCGAGGUGGUGCUGGGUCUAAUACCGUAGUUGUAGAAAAUACAGCAGUGAAUCGUACUCCGGUUUCUGGAAUUCCUCCAGCCACCGCAACUACUCAAGCGUAUCAACAACAAUCUACUGCAGCAAAGACAACUAAAGAUGAAAGCAGUCGAGGCUUAAAGUCAACACUCCAGUAUCUGAAAAGUAGAGGUCAUGAAGUUUCGGCGUAUGAGAAGAAGAUGCUGUCGACUGUGAUUGAUCCAACUUCAAUAUCGGUUACUUUCGCUGAUUUGGUGCUUCCGGCUCCAACAAAGCUUGCUCUGCAGACUCUCGUAACUCUGCCACUGCUCCGGCCUGAUCACUUUGCUACUGGGAUAUUGUCACAGCAUGGACAUAAUGGAGUUUUACUUUUUGGACCACCUGGAACAGGCAAAACACUUUUAGCUAAAGCUGUAGCGAAGGCAUCUGGAGCUAGAUUUAUGGCGCUCGCAUUAUCUGAUAUCUUUGAUAAAUAUGUUGGAGAAGGAGAGAAGCAUAUCCGUGCAGCUUUCUCGUUGGCUAGGAAACUCGCUCCUGUCGUUAUAUUUAUUGAUGAAAUUGAUGGAAUAUUUAGUGCUCGAAGAGGAGAUGGGUGGAAUGCUAGUAGGAGAGAAAUUAUCAAUGAAGCAAUGUCGGAGUGGGAUGGAUUGAACUCAGAUAACAAAGGUGUUAUAGUUAUGGGAGCUACGAAUAGGCCGUUCGACUUGGAUGAUGCUGUGUUAAGGAGAAUGCCUAGGCGUAUACUUGUUGACUUGCCAACGGAGGCUCAACGUGCCAGUAUUCUCCAACUGCAUCUCGCCAAAGAAAAUUUAGACUCUUCUGUAUCUAUUACCGAUUUGGCUAAACGCACCAACAUGUAUUCUGGCUCUGAUCUGAAGAAUUUAGCUGUCGCUGCCGCAUUAUCGUCAGUGAAGGAAUCUGUGAUGAGAGAAAUGCUGGGACCAGAAGGUGCCGAUAUGCCUCGUGCAGAGGUACUAUCAAAGCUGGACUCGAUGGAAGGAUAUAAUGAAUCGCUGAUGACUGUUGCCAAUACUGCUGGUGCAGCAAGUACCAGUGAACGCGUUAUACAUAUCGAGCAUUUCGAGAAGGCAUUCUCUGAGAUCUCGGCCUCUAUAAGUGAUGACACCCAAUCUCUCGUUGAAUUGAAGAAGUGGGAGCAACAAUUUGCUAAGAAUGGUAUCAAAGUGCCAAAGAGUGGAUAUGGCUUUUCAUUUAAUAGCAAUACUAUCAAGCUUCCUAGUCGAAAAGUAGUGGAGGAACCCCUAGCGGAUGAGAUCUCCAAAUACAAAGAAAUCGUUGUAACCGACCUCAUCAUCAAGAUCGACGGUGCCCAAGUCGAACGAAAUGUUCAUAAAUUGAUCCUACUUGGACAGAUCGAAGCACGGAACCGGCUCUCUGACUAUUGCAUCGAUGCCUGUUCUCUCGAACAUCAGGACACCAUAACGUUGAAACCAGAAACAACUGAAACCGAACUAGAUUACUUGAUCAAGGCAGCAUAUAAUUUCGGAUUUGAUUUCCCAGAAGGAUGGGGCUUACAAGAUGUAUUCGAGAGUGAAGCUCUCUCUGAUGUCACCAUAACAGUCCUCGAUCACAAUGACAACAUAUAUGAAUUGCCAGCCCACAGAUUGAUCAUCACUACACGGAUACCGUUCUGCCGGGCAUUGUUUAGCUCGCCGUGGGCUGAUUCGUCGUCUAGUGUCAUCAAACUCGACGAGACCUGUGUCACUGCAUUUACACUGCCGUUCAUUCUCAAAUACGCUUAUGGGAUACCACUCGAACUACCCACCACGUCAGCUGAACUGCAGGCAAUCUACUCGGGAGCCGACUAUCUAGGCAUGACGGGUCUCUGCUCUCGAAUCAUCAGCACCUUGUAUACCCACACAACCGAUACUGAAAUCCUGCGUCUCGCUCGCUGGGCCAAAGACGUCAACCAACCCGAUAUAAUCAACGAUUGUGAAAAAGUAAUGAUUGAGAACUUUGAGGCUGUUUGUAAAUGGUCGAAAACCACUUUUUGGACAUUGUCUAGUGACACGGAGCUGAGAAGUGCUGUUAUACGGGCUGUUGUUGAUGGGAUUACUGUGACGAAUUGUGUUUCGUAUCUGGGUAUGGCUGUUAGGAUACCGAAAUCUAUAAGUGGGAAGUCGCAACGUGAGGCUAUGAAUAUUAGGGAUGCGUGUGAUUUAAUAAGGACGAGAGCAAAGGAUACAAUCGUGGCUUCGUUUCCUGAAGUGUGUGAGAAGAGCUCGUAUCUCGUUAGACUUGUUGGUGGUGCUGGAUUUGGAGCAGAAUAUGUCGAAGAGACUUUGAAAGCUGUCACUGCAAGCCUGAAGGAAACAAACGUCAUAUCACAUAUACAGACCAUUCAACGGCUCAGAGAACGCUCAUUUGCGUCAUCAGGACGGUCUGAUGUUCGUGAUAUGGUCGAAGAAGCUUACAACCAAUGCAUCCAGUACGCAACACGAAGAUGGAUAUCACUCAAACAGAAGGGAGCAUUCGUAGAACCAGAAACACUCUUACAAGAUGAUCAUCUGAUACGGAAUGGCACUGGUCGCAUACUCGGUGAAGAGACAAGAGGGAUACGGCCAGUUUUACUGGAUGCUGAUAGAACUCAGAGACCUGCAACAGCACCUGUUGCUUCUCCAACAAGAUCUGGGAUAGUUAUAGGUUCUCGAGUACUCGUGGCUGGCAGGUCAGGAGGUCCGGGUGUGGUGAAAUUCAUCGGGACUCCAAGGCGUGGGCUAGGUGAAUUUCUAGGUAUCGAGCUAGAUGAGGCUCGUGAGGGAAGAGGAGGAGACGGCAGUAUUGAUGGUGUGAGAGUCAAACCUGCUGCACCACCAUCACCAACAGCGUCCUCACAAAAGAAUAUGUCAUUACGUGACUUGCGCGGCCAUGGACCUUAUGAACCAUCUCGAGAGAUAGGCCAGGACGGUGCAGGGUCCCGUAUGGGCUCUGAUGGUAAUUUACGAGGUAGUCUGACACGUGGACAAGGCAAAACAUUGGGCUCGAUUGUUUCUGAUUUUGGAAAGAAACUGUCGAGCAGGAAUUUGGGUGAAUCUAUGAGGAACGUGUCUAGUCCUAAAACUGCUGAACCAGAAUUGAAAUCAGCUGUAUCACUGCCAAGAAUAGCGCCAUCAACACCAACUGCAGCAACACCAGAGCCCAAAGAAGACGAAGAAACACAACCACUCGCAAGGCGUGAAUCCUUGAGCAAGAAAUUGAGAGCACGACCAACUAAAGUUGAUCUUAAAUUACGAAAUAUUUUACGAGUGGACAGUCAAGAUUCAAUGACGGAUUUGACAAAUGCUGGACCAUUAGAAAAGAGUCUUAAUUUCGAAAGAAGGUCUGAGCAGCUGCGAUCGAUAUUGAAGGCUCGACCUGCCAAGAGUGAAUUGCAUGACAUGAAUAUUCUCAGAGGUGGCGAAUCAGACAUAAACCUCUUCCACGAACAAGAACGCAACCGCCGCCAAUCACUACAAGACGUCCUAGAAGGAAAACUGACAAAUCGUCCACGAAUUGAUGAAAUCGAUGCCAAAAUCCUCAAUUUCGCAGAAACGGUCGAAGUGCUGCCAACAUUCCGUAAAUCAGAGUAUAAUCGUAAACCGGAUGGAAAUGCCACGUUUAGGAAACUGACGCCGCAGUUGAAGGUGCAGAUUCGUGAAGAGUUGAAUCAGUUCAAGAAGAAUGAGAUGCCUGUGCAUGAGAAUAGUCGUCCCAACACGUGUUUCCAUUAA